ACCGGGUGGCCCCUCUGACGUCAGGAUCCAGGGACACUGUUUGGGGGCAGAGCCACAGGACGUCACCCUCAACAGCGAUCUCGAACCCGGACGAGAUCCCCGCCGAGAUCCCGGACCCGUGAGAACCAAGACCGGUUUAUUUAGACUUCCGAGAAACACCGGAUACGUCAGCCGCUGAAGACUUCCGGUGAGACGCCGCCUCAGUCGAGAUUCAACGUUACUCGAAAGCUUCGGCAUGUAGCGGCUCUGCGAUCAGGCUGUAAGGCUGCCCAUCAUGAAGAAGCGAGCCAACAAGGGGCUGGAGGAGGAGACCUUGUGCUGCUGCGAGUAUGUGAACAGACUCGGAGAGCGCAGCCAUGUCGGAGCCUGCUGCUGUGACUGUGAGGACCUGGAUGACGCCUGUGACAGGUUUCUAAAGAGGGAGUCUCAGAAACCUGAAUCCCUGUCACAUGUGACUGCAGUUGUCACAGACCGGAUUCGUUUGCCCUGGCUGUGGGGUGGAGCCCGAAAAGUGGACCUGUCCAUCAUCCCUCCUCUUAUUCUCUUGCCAGUCCUUCUGCACAUCGCUGCUCUCCACUUCCUGCUCGGCGUGGUGGUUCUGACAGCUCUGCCCGGCCUGGUGCUGUGGUACUACUACUUCACCCACCGCAAGAAGGGACAGACCCUCUUCUUCCUCAGCCUGGCCCUCUUCUCCCUGGCGUACAUGUACCACUUGUUCAUCACUGAGGUGCUUCCCAAUGGGGAUAUUGGUCUGGUCCAGCUGGCCGUGGUAACCGUCGGGGUCGUACUCACCCUAGUCGCCCUUGUCCACACCAAGAGAGAACUCGGCAUUGUGCGACCAAACCAAGAGGCCGUCCACAGCACGGUGACGUAUUACACCCCUCUGGUGGACAGAGACGCUGCUGUCAACGGGGGGAGGGUGGAUGUGACCAUGACCAAAGCCAACCGGGCGGGAUCGUCGGAGCAUGCGGUGGCGGAGCUGAAGGAAAGCGGCCGAAGGAACUGGUGUCCGGUGUGCAGGAUGGUGCGGCCCCCGAGGGCGGGACAUUGUCGGAUCUGUGGCGUCUGCGUGCUGCGUCUCGACCACCACUGUGUCUGGAUAAACAGCUGUGUGGGGCAGACCAAUCACCGCAGCUUCCUGCUUACGCUUGUCCUCUUCCUGUUGACGUCUCUGUAUGGGAUCAUCCUGGUGCUGCAGAGUGUUUGUCCCAAUCAACACCUCUUCACCGCCCUGCUCUACUGCCCAGGGGUCUACAACCAGUACAGCACUGCACUUUGCUUCACCUGUGCGUGGUACAGCAGCAUCGUGACCUGUGGGUUGCUCCACCUGCUGAUGGUGCAGGUCAUCAACGUCAGCUACAACGUAACCGAGCGAGAGGCACGCACGGCCCUGAGGGACAAAACCGUUCGCAGCGCCUACUGGGGACUCGUCGUGGACACGGGCGUCUACUCUCGAGGUUUCCGUGGCAACUGGGCAGAGUUCAUGACCAUGGGAGAAAAGCUGAAUCACCCCUCUCCCGUCCCAGCAGACCUGGUUGCCUUGCUGGGAGACGACGAACAAGAAAAAUGUGAGAACCAAUAGUUGCUCUGGUCCUCGUAGUGUUGAUUUCUCUGAGCACGGUGUCGACGCCUCAAUGACACAGGAAACAUAUUUUUAAAGAUUGUCUCUCUCAAACACUUACCUGCAGUGUUCACAAAGGAGGGUACCUAACUUGACCUUGUGAGUGUCAUGGAUUAUUUAUCGCCGAUGAAUGAAACGUCUCGCCACAUAAUCAGGCAAUCAAGGUUCUACAGUUUGUCAUUGCAUUUAACAUAAUAAAUGAUCGGACAGCCAUGAA